UCCUCCUCCUCCUCCUCUCUCCCAAGCUAAAUAUCCAGCCGCCUGUUUUCCCUCUCUCCAGUCUCUCUCCGAGCCAUUGAUCACUGCUCAGGGACUAGGAACAGGGGCAAGAUGUGAAGGAGGAGCAGACAGGACCUAAUCGUGGGGUGCAGGGGGCCCUCCAGCCAUGCACUACAAACUUGCAAGGGGUGCAAGCGGCGGCCUCGCUGAGGGGAGACCCGGGUAUCUGUUCUGUCUCCCGGACCAGGGGGUAGUGAAAGCCUCGGUGCAUGGCAGCCUGCUCCUCCCGCUGACUCCUGCCAAGCUGGACCCCUCGGCACUGUGUCCGGAGGCAGCCAGUACCCCAGCCACCAAGUCCGCUCACCUUCAGCCAACUGCCCCUGUCUGUGCCUCCCAGGGCAAUGAGACCUUCAGAGCAGCACCCAACAAACAUGGCAGCCACCGAGAUGCCUCCACUAUCACAGAUGUGUGCACUAGCGGGGAUGUGCCCGAGGUGGAGAUCAUUAGCCUGCUGCAGGAACAGCUGCCCCACUACACCCUGCGCGCAGACACCUUGUUCGGCUACGAGCACGACGAUUGGCUGCACACACCCCUCCUACCCCAGGAGCUGCCCCUCCAGCUCACCACUGAGCAGAUAGCAGGGACCCUCAACUAUUUCCUCCUCUGUUCCGAGCGCGUGGGCCGCAUCACCAAGACCUACCGGGACAUCGAAGCCGUCACCAGUUUGCUUGAAGAGAAAGAGAGAGACCUGGAGUUGGCUGCCCGUAUUGGCCAGUCGCUGCUCAAGCAGAACAGAGAACUGACAGAGAGAAAUCUGCUCCUGGAGGAACAGCUGGAGGCCUCUAAAGAGGAGACAAGCCAGCUCCGCCAUGAAGUCUCGAUGCGAGAGGACCUCCUUCACUUGUACAUCAGUAACACUGAGAGCGAACCCGUGUCUGCAGUCUCCACCCCGUUGCGUCGGAAUGAAUCCUCCUUUUGCCUUCAGCACAACAUCCAGCUGGAUUCCCUUCAGCAGAAACUCAAGUAUCUCGAAGACGAGAACAAACAGAUGCGCACCGAGGCCAGUGACCUCCUCAAUGCCACCUGUGAAUAUGAAGACCAGGAGAGUUCUCUGAUGCUGGACUGUGUGGAGCAAUUCUCGGAGGCCAGCAGGCACGUGGCGCUGCUAGCGGAAGAGGUGGCUCGGAGAGGGGAAGAUGUGGCUCGGCAGCAGGAGGAGAUCAGCCAGCUCCUGGCUCAGAUUGUUCAUCUCCAACAGAAAUGCCGCAAUUAUGUAACAGAAAAUGAAGAGCUGCAGCAGCAUCUGGCCGCUACUAAGGAGAGGGAGCAAGAUCUGAAGACCGAGCUGCAGUACCUUCUGGAGAAGCACAAAGAGUGCGAGGACAUGUUGCACGAGGCCCAGGAAGAGCUGAAGAACCAGCGCAAUCGCAGUCUUCCGAAUAGCAUUGUCAGCAGAUACAGCACCCUGAAUAUCUUCCCACUGGAUUCUCUGGCUGCCGAAAUCGAAGGCACCAUGAGGAAAGGGAUUGAUGCCUCUUCAGAACUCAAGAGCUAUAAGAGAGUCUUUGAGACCGUGAAAGCAGCCAAUCAGGUGGUGAGGGCCAGAUCCCGCUGCCAGUCGCCGCAGAAUGUAUUUGGAUCCCGUGCUCCAUCUCAGAGACCCUCAGCCGCCCCCAGUCGCGUUGGUACCCCACCCCUGAGCUUCUGUGAGAUUGAAGGCUCCGGUUUAAUGUUCAUGGAGGAGGAGACACUGUUACCGGGGCCAGAGGAGGAUCCUUCUAGUGCCGGAGAGAAAAAGCUGGGGAGACCCGGAACGCCUGGAAGUCAAGACCUUGCAGCUGCUCUACAGAGGCUCCACGCUCAGAGGAACUGUCACGUCUCUGAGAAUCUGGAUGAAGAGCCUGAGUUCAGAGACGGAGAACACUCCAGUGGGCUCCUCACCCCCAACGAAAGUAUCUUGUCCACAGGCACCAAUUAUUCCGGCAUCUCCGAGGUCACCGGCAGCUCAAGCCUGUCCUUUGGGUCCCGUGCUGGUCUGCCGGAGAAGCUGCAGAUAGUGAAACCCCUGGAAGGCUCAGCCACACUCUUGCAUUGGCAGCAGCUGGCCAAGCCCAACCUUGGGGGUAUUUUGGACCACAGACCCGGUGUCCUCACCAAAGACUUCCAAGAACUGGACAUCGAUCAGCAAGAUGUUUAUAACCUCAACGAUUUCGAGGAAGAUGAUUUGGAGCCCAUCUCCUUCCAUGCUUUGGCCUCAUCCACUCCAACAAAAAGCAAAGACAGGAAUGGCUUGUUCCAUUCUGUUAACAACCUCCCUCAGACCCAAUCUACAUUCACCAUAACCACAUGUCGCAAGUCCCUCCCUAUGCAGGACAUCACGAUGGUCACGUCCAGUUUUACGUCCUGGUGGAAACGCUUUUUCCAAUGCUUGACUUUCUGAGAGGCGACCAAGACCAUAAUCACUUUCCCCAGCGAGGCUCCAGUCUUCGUAAUACAGUUCUUCCCUCUUGCGGAAGCUACGAGAGCCUGAGUUCACUCAACCUGGAGCCCCAAAGACAAGCACCAAAGAGCUCACCCCCUUCUGACUGUGCCCAUACGGGCUCCGGAGACAGCACCCCCUUGGGACUAGUAACCCUCCUGCAGGAACAUGGCAUUUCUGCCGCCGAUAAGCCCAAUAUGGAGGCCGCGGUGCCAGCUCCUAUCAGCCGGCCAAGCUUCCUACAGUUGGGUUGGACGAAGACUUUGGGGAGUCUGGGUUUUGCCAGGGCCCUUGUGGACGGUGCUUCUGCUAAAACCACUUCUGACUCCGUUCGGAACCACAAAAGCAUUUUUAGUAUCAAUCUAGUGGAGCAGCUGAGGAGGCUCCGCCUGAACCAGGUGGUGGAACGAGGUAUCGUCUCCUCUCCGAAGGCAGAAGAACCCAAACAGCCUCCGAGCUAAAUUGCCGCCAUUUUAUUGGCACCGUUGCAGAACUUGAAUGGCACCGAACUUCAUGAUUGGGCAGAUUUUAAGCAAAGACUUGACUGACAGCCGAUCAAAGUGUCGGAAGGAUAAUUGAUCAGCAGGGGGCGCUUCUGGUUUAAAGUAGCCCAUAAAUACCAAACCCAAUAAAGCAUGAAGGCUGGUUGCUAUGCCCACGUGACUAUCACUACACCCAUCCUCAGGUAGCCCAUUGGCCGGCUGACAGCUCUCUUCCUAUUUGCUGGUAUAUAUAGUGACCAUUGUACCCCCUGUUGUAAAAUAUAGGGAUAUUAUAGGUCACCGAGGAGUUUAAUGACCAUGUAAAAGCAAUGAAGGCUGAAGACUUCUAUUAUCCUUAUAUUUUACAACAGGGGGUACUUUGUUUAUUAUAAUACACACGUUUCAGUGAGUCAUGUGACCGAUUAUAACUGAUGACAUCACUAAGCUCCAUUUAUAUGGAUACAGGAUAUUCAUGGCUCUUGUGUAUUAUAUAUAUGUAUAUAUAUAUAUCACCUCUCUGAUUGUAAGGAGUCACAUACACUGGCGCUGUACUUCCCAGACCAAAUCCACAGCACAUUGCACUGCAACAUUGGGUUAACUCGCAGGUCGAAUAGUAUCCAAUACAUUAUAUGGCGGUUAUACGUGAUCGGGAGUUGCCAUACUGAUUGCCUUAGGGGCUAUAGAAUCAGAUCAGUCCAGGCAAGCAGUAUGGCAUCUUCUACUCAUAUAAGGGUAACUGUGCUGGGAAGGAACAUACUGGGGAUGUAGUUACUAACAUUGGAGACAAACAUCACCGGGGAUGAUGCCCAUAGUAACCAGUGACAUCUUUGCUUUUGUUUUCUAACUUGCAGAUGACCGUUCAAAUCUAAUUUCUGAUUCCCUCUGUCACAUGUUGUUAGCAUGUUGUGUGCAUUUACAGCCGUGUUACAGCCAUGCACGCACAUUUACACGCUACCAUUGCUACAUUUUUGCCAGAUUUAUUCCGGCCCCCCCCCCCCAGGUAAAGAUGUAACUGUUCUUACUGUAUGUACAUAGCUGAUCCGAGAUGUCGCCAAUGGCGCGGGAACCACGUGAUUUUAAUUCCAAAGAGCGAAAUGGCGCUGACUGGGUGCUCUGUGCCGGGGGGAGCUGGGAAACGCGGGGGAGCUUUCUAUCUGAUGCUGCCGAGGCAGGCUGGGAAAUGCCUCAAUACCAUAUGGGAGUGGCACAACUGAUGUGUAAAUAUCGACAGCAACACGAAUAAAUCGUUAUUUCUGAA